CUUUCAGUAAUUUCUUUAUGACAUGCCUUGAUCUACUAAACCCAAUAUUUGAAUCAGGAAGUCCCCUAAUCUCUCUCUCUCUCCCCACUAUUUUUGUUCCAGUUUUCUACUUUCAAUCUUCCCCUUCGAAGGCCCACUUGUGAUUAAAACCUCUUCAACAAUUUUCAUCCUUCGAAACACCAAACCCAUUUGAAAAUUUCACUCUAAAAAAUCUCCAAUUCAUUUGCCAUCCUUAUAAUUAGUUCAUGCUCUAGUGAUUAACCUGUUUCAUAAUGUCUCAAAAGCAUUUACAUGAGCUAUUGAAAGAAGAUCAACAACCAUUCCAGUUAAAGGAUUACAUUGCAGAUAGGCGUUGGCAACUCAAACGACCCACUCCCAAAACCACUUUACAAGUCAAGAAACGCAAACCCAUUGUUGAGAGCUCAAAAACCAAGCGUAGACUCUACAAGCAAGCCUGUUUUUUCCCUUUCCAUGACUCACCGGACGGUAGAAAAUCACCUUCUCUGAAUUUCCCGGCACCGGAGCCGAAAAGCCCUUGUAAAAGUCCGAAUGGGUCUGUGUUUCUUCACAUACCAACCAGAACUGCUGCUUUGCUUCUUGAAGCUGCGAUGAGAAUUCAGAAACAGUCAUCGUGUACAAAAACCAAAACCCAAAUUAGAAAUGUAAAAUCUGGGUUAUUCGGGUCAAUUCUGAAGAGGCUGAAAGAUCGAAACCAGACCAAAAGGAAUGAAAUCGGAAACGCAGAGAUCAGGGUUUCAUCAAAUGAGUUGCCCGUUGGGCGUGAAAAAAUCUCGAGAAAGAGCGAGAAUAUGCAGGAAAAUGCGGUGGCUGUGGAUGAUAAAACUGCUUAUGAGAUGGGUUUUUCUUGUUCUUGUAAUAACAGUAGGCUUAGCAGUGCUGGUUGGUCGGAAAGCAAUGAAGAGAAGUCCUUGGAUUUGGAGACCUCUAGUAGUUGCAGGUCUGAGGACAUGGAAGAGAUUGAGUUUGUGGCUGAAGAGAGAGAAAAUGGAGGUUUUACUUCUUGUGAAAAUCAAUUCUGCUCAAGCCCUUUCCGAUUUUCUAUUCAGAAAAGCCCUUCUUCUGGUCGCCGGACCCCGGAUUUCUUGACGCCGGCUACAUCUCCCAGUCGCCACAAAAAAGAGGAGAAAGAGAACUAUGAAGUAGAGAACUUACAAAAAAUCCAACUAGAAGAGGAAGAGAAGGAGCAAUGCAGUCCAGUAUGUGUAUUAGAACCUCCAUUUGACGAUGAGGAUGACGAACAUGAAGGUGGUGACCAGGAAGAGGAAGGUUAUGAUCUCGAAUGCAGCUAUGCAAUUGUACAAAGAGCAAAGCAGCAGCUUUUGCACAAGCUUCGUAGGUUUGAGAAACUGGCAGAGCUGGAUCCUAUUGAACUCGAGAAAAUAAUGCUAGACGACCAGGACGACGAAGAUGAUAAUGAACUCCAAGAGGAAGAAGAUGAAUGUGAAGAUAAUGAACUGCUUAGUGAGAACAAUGUCGAUGAGCUUGUGAGAGAAGUGUUCAGCAUAUUAAGCCUCCAUCACCUAAUUACAAUCCCAGCACACAUGAAGAGGCUGGUGGCAGACCUCAUCGAUGAGGAGAGGAGAGAAAUGGAUGGCUUGGAUGGUAAUGAAGCCGUGGCAAAAAGGGUCUGCAAGAGGUUGGAUUCAUGGAAGGAUGUAAAUUCAAACACAAUCGAUAUGAUGGUUGAUUCGGACUUUAGACGAAAGGUCGAUGGAUGGAAUAGAUAUCAGGAGCAGAUUGGAGAGCCAGCAAUGGAAAUCGAGCUUGCUAUUUUCGGGCUAUUAGUAGAGGAAUUGUCUGGCGAACUAAUUUGCUUAGCCUCGUUAUAGUGGAAACCUUCACCAAGUUUCCAUCUGCUCGUAAUUAUUUUCCUUUUUUUUUUCCCCUUCAAUAGUUUUAAUUUUAACUGGAGGAUCAUAGUCUGACGGACACUGUGAAGGGUUAGCAAAUUUCUGGGGUAGAGGGUACUAGCAAACCACUGUGUAUAUGUAUCAUGUAUGUCUUGGGGAUGGUGUAGCUGUCCUUGGUUUAUAAGACCAUGACAAAUCAACCCUCUAUUUUUCCUGCUGAGAAAGAUCAGAAAGCAUUCUGGGACUUCAGAAACUUGUAUCCGUGUGUGUUUGUGUUUGUGUGUGUGUGUGUGU